AGUUGACAUGCCUUCUGGAUUAGAAAAAAAGCUCUUGCAGUAAAAAGUAGGUUGUUGGUUUGAGAAAUAUUUAUGGAGAAUUUGUUUUUUUGGGUGUCCCUCCUUGUUGGAUUCUUUCUGUCAGAAGUCUGUAAUAGGUCAUCUUUUGCAUUUCCACAAAAUGCUUUUUUACAAAGACCUCAGCUUCUACUAAGCCAGAGCUCUGUAAGCACUGUGCAUGAGCAGCAAAAGGAGUCUGAGCAGGUCAAUACUGUCAGGGUGAUCUGCCAUUCAGACUCACUGGAGAUCAGAAUCGAAGCUGACAUGUUUGCUGUGGGAGCACCUGUCAAAGGGGAGGACUUGCACCUUGGAGUGGAUGACCAUAAAUUUUGCAGUCCUUCAGCUUCUGUAGGAACUGAAUACAGAAUUGUUGUUGGACUAAUGGACUGUGGAACCAAGCAUUGGAUGACUGAAGAUUCUCUAGUCUACACAAACCUCCUCGUGUACUCCCCCAUGACCUCUCCUCAUGGGAUACUUUGGUUAGAUGAAGCUGUAAUUCCAAUUGAGUGCCACUAUGAAAGGAAGUACAGUUUGUCUAGUUCUUCGCUCAUGCCAACCUGGAUCCCCUUCAUAUCUACCCAGGCUGCAGUGGAAAGUUUGGAGUUUGACUUGAGACUAAUGACAAGUGACUGGCAAUUUGAAAGGAGCAAUAAUGUGUUCUACCUCAGUGAGCCCAUCAACAUUGAAGCCUCUGUCAGAGUUAGAAAUCAUAUGGAUCUUCGAGUGUUUGUGAGCAGCUGUGUGGCAACACUUAACCCAGACAUGUACUCGCAUCCAAGUUAUAUCUUCAUUGAGAAUGGGUGUUUGGUUGACUCGAAGCUUGCAGGUUCAAAAGCCCACUUUGUACCCAGAAGAAAUGAUAACAAGCUCCACUUGGUUAUUGAUGCCUUUAGGUUUCACAGUGAUGACAGAGGAGAGGUGUACAUCACAUGUCACUUAAAUGCUUUACCAGUAAAUGAUGCGGCAGCAUUGAAUAAAGCAUGCACUUUUGAAAAUGGAAGGUGGCGCUCAGCUGAUGGUAAUGACUUCCUGUGUGGGUAUUGUCAAAACCAAAAUGAACAUGACCAAAUUUUCAGUGAACCUAGAAGCUCUGAACCAUUUGGUUUUCGUGGGUUUGGGAAACCAGUGAAACCUAAGCCCCUAUGGAGAAGUGAACUGAAGGCCAAUCUGGUUUGGGAACAGGAUGCAAGAGUGGGUCCAGUCCUGGUUUUGCCACUGCAGAAAAGUGGACGCAUACCUGUCGAAGAGCUCCCUGCCAUUCUCCAUAAACUAGGCAGACCUGUACUAUAUGGCAGCCAGUGGCGAAGUGGAAUAAAUGAUGUGGAGAAGGGACUGCCUGAUCUUCUGUCCUCAAAACUAGACCUUAAGGAGACAACAGAUGGAAGAAGUGGACACAAUGUUGAAGAUGCAGGAAAACCCUCUGUGCCUCAGAAAGUAGCUCCCGAGUUCACAGUGGAGGCAGCUCUGGACAACGUCACAGCAGGCAAUGAUGAGGGCAGCCCCACCUUGCAGUUUAAAGUGACAACUCUGGGAAAUGCCACUGCUACAGAAACAGGCCCAUAUUCAAAUGACCCAAAGAAAUAAAUUGUUGAAAAAGUUGA